AUAGGGAAAAAAAUAAGUUUGAGUGGAUCAAGAUUUUGAUUUGUGGAUUUUGAGGAACAUCAGUUUGUCCAACUUCUUGUUUUUGAUAUGUUUUGAUUGCUCUCCCUGGUUUACGCAUUAUCACUGUUAUAGUUGGAAACAAAGAUUAGAAUGAAAUUUUAAGUUAAUAAGAGUUUUCCAUUUCAUUAAAAUCACAUUUAUUGUGGAAUCUAUUAUAAACAAGAAAUAGCAUUUAUGGUUUACUAGUGUAUUGCUGUUUGCAAAUUAUGUCCUUGUAAAAAUUACUUCACAUUCAUGGAAAGUAUUGUUUGUGUUGGUGAUAUUUGUCAGUUUUUGUGGAUCAAUUUCCAUCUUUGUCAGUCACCAAACUUUGAAAUUCGCUCUGAUUCUUUGCUCAGUGUAUGUUAAUGCCAUCAACCAACACUGUGAUUUCAAGGACUACUCAGCACACAAAGCUAACUGAAUCAUGCUUGCUGCAAAUUUAGUUGAAUGAUAUUUUACACUGAUAUCGAGUUUUAAUUCUUGCAUUUUGAAGCAGAUAUGAAACUAUUUGCUUAUUUUCAGCAUUUACUUUUGCAGGGUGAACCUUGUGAUAUAUGCGGUGAUGUUGGUUUUGAAGAGGAUAUUACAACUUGCUUUCAGUGCAAAAUAGCCCGGGAACAUUGCUAUUGCAUGCGAAAAGUGCUUUUGACGAUUCCAGAAAUCUGGUUUUGCAAAGAAUGUCAAUCUAGCAAUGGUAUAGCUUCAUCAAAAUCUGUUAAAGCAGAACAUGUUCCUAUGGCUUUGACACCAAAUGCCUCUGAGACUGAGAGUCCUAGUUGGUUUCUUAAGAAUUCAAGGGGAGAAUGUCAUCUUGCUUCAAUAUCAAAUGCCUUUGAGAGUGCGAGUCCCAGCAUGUUUCUCAAUAAUCAAGAGAUUGCAGGUCGUGAUGGAGCGAUAAUGGCUAUUGAAACUAGGAAAAUGAAGUUCAUUUCUACCGAAGAAGCUAUUGAGAUGACAUCUUGCACUCACAAAUUGAAACAUUCACUGAGAAAUGCAGAUACAUCUACAAUGUCUAGACAGACAAAGAAUGUUGAAGAAAAUGUUUCUCCCAAUAAUGUGGAAGAGCCUGAAAGAAGUGAUGAUGAUUCAUUGCCUCAAUUACAAAUGACAACAAAGAAGAGGAAAACAAGAGGACGCACAACAAUGCCUGCCUUGGAUAAACUUCGAAGUGAGCAAAAGAAAUUACAAGUGGAGUUUAACAGUAAAGAGCAGCCUGUGGGUUAUGCUGCAAAAAAGAUGGCCGGCUAUAUUGGAAUUCUAGUACGAAGUAUAGUCCCCAUUACAGUAAAAAAUUGGAGGAUGGUUACAGAUGAACAAAAGCAGAAGAUUUGGGAUUUGGUGUUGGAGAACUUUGAGUUGGAGGCAAAGGCUAAGAAGAUUGUUUUGAAAUCAGCUGGUCUUAAAUGGCGAGGCUUCAAGGCAAGAUUAACUAAGUACAUCCUUUCUAAUAAAGACAAAAAAGACAUGUUGACUCAGCCACCAGCUUCAUUUAAGGAUGUUAUUCUUCAACCACAAUGGGAUGCAUUUGUUCGAACUCGGCUAUCAAAUGAAUUUAAAAAAGUAAGUGAAGAGCAAAAGCAAAUAAGGGCAAAGAUGAUAUACCAUCAUAGGUUAUCAAGAAAUGGAUAUGCAAAUUUGGAGCGUGAAAUUCAACAAUCAUUGGGCACCAGUACUGAGGUAACAAGAUCCAUUUUAUGGAAAAAAGCACAUGCAACUAAGAGUGGGGAGUAUCCAGAUGAAGCUACUCAAGAAAUGGCAAAUAAGAUUGAUGAAUAUUCUAUGAAAUGCUCAAAAGGAACUAUACCAACAGGCUUUGGCGUUGAUGCUCUGACAUUGGCUUUCGGUGGUACAGAAAGACCUGGACGUGUAAGGGGUGUAGGGAGCUUUGUUUCUCCAACAAUGUACUUCCAUGCACCAAAGACCAAAAAUAAGAAGCCGAAAAAAGCUGAAAUAUUAUUGGAAGCACAAAAAAAAUUCUGUGAGGAGCAACUGGCUCAACAACGUCAAUUGUUUGAGCAAGAACGAAAUGAGUUGCGGGAACGUCUUGCAGCAUUGGAGGCAAAAAUGGCUGCAAUAGCAACUACCUCAUUACCUAUUCCCAAUUGACUUAUUGAAACUGAAGACGUAAAACCGAAGAAUCAGAAUGUGGAUAGAAAUGAUAACAACAUUAAAGAACUUUUACUCUAAUUAUCUAUUACAGUUUGCAAGAAGUUUUUGCAUAGAUUAUGUUGCAUUUUUUAGCAGAACAAAUCCUGAUGGUCGUUUCUAUAGGGAUGACAUGAAAUUGAUGCCCCUGAAUGUUGUUUGUAGGUUCAAAAUUGAAUUUUUUUUAUAGGGAAUACUUCUAAAUAACUGUUCAUACCACAUGAACAGUUUGAUUGAAGGUUUCGUGUUCACAAAAGUUAUCUGACAAGAUUGGAAAUUGUAUCUUCUAUGAAAGGUACCAUUUUAUGCAUCAUGUUAAACUGUGUAGCUGUUUCUUGUUGCCAUUUGAGACCAACUUCAAGCAUUAUGUCAGAUUGGAUUUUCCUGGCAUUCCUUAAACAUUAUAUUAUAUGGCUAGCAGCAACUUGACACAUUUGGGUUCUGCCUUUUUUUUGUAAAGCUAAAUAGUUGUGGCCUUUGAAGUUCACCCAGCA